UGAACCCCAAAUUAUACAUUAAUGCAACUGUUAAUAGAAAUAUUAUGUAACUAAGUGAAAUAACCAAAAAAUAAAAAUUAAUGCGAAAAAUAUUGAAUUGUGUAUAUAGUAUGUUGUUUUCUGAUAUAAAAGCAAAACCCUGUGCAGUUUUUGCAAAGAUCUCUUGAAACUGGAAAAAUAAUGUUGAAAUUAUGCAUUUAAAUGUGAAGCUGAAGAUCUUACUUUAAAUGACCAUCAUAGUGAAAUGAUUGGAAAUUAUUUACGAUUUGCAAAAUUUAGAAGAGGGAAGCAUUUACGAACUGUGGAGCAAACUUUUGAAGACAUUAAACUGUCGAGGUUAAUGGAAGAAACGUAUACAGUUGAAGAAGUAAAAGAAAUGUUAGAUGAAUUAUGUUCAUUGCUAAAAGGUGAUCUUGAGAUAGAAUUGAUGAACACAGCUCAUACAGCAGCACUUCUUCUGUGUCAGAUGUGUGUUCAGUCACAGCAGUGGCAUCUGAAACUUAAUGCUGACAUCUCAGAACUGGAAAAUAGAGACAUGUUGGAAAAAGUAAAUAAGUUUGAAGAAAGAUUUGUGAACAGCAAUUCUCUUGAUAAAUCUUUAACUGGCUCUCCGCUGCGUUUGAAUAAACUACAACCCCUAGCUGAAAAUGUUGGAGCCAAUCAAUUACUUCAAUUGGAAAUUGACCGAUUGAAAGAAGAGAAUAAAAAACUUUGUGAUAAACUGAGAGAAGUGGAAACUCGGACACUUGAAAUACUAGAACAAAAAUCUAUUUUAGCUGAAAAUCUAGCCCAAGUACAAGAAGAAUUGACUGAGUGGAAAGGGAAAAAUACUGAAUGUGUGGAAAAGGAGUUAAAGCAUUUAGAAGAUGAAAUGUUUCAAGUCAAGAAAGAAUUGGAAUCAACUAUGUGUGAGAGUGCCUAUACUCAACAAACUUUGCAAUGUGAUCUAAUGGAAACAAAACAAAGGUUUCUUGAGGUUCAGUCUCAACUGAAAUUAGCAGAAAAGGAAUUAGAGUUGAAAUUUAGUCAGACUGGAGCUUUCCAAAACAUGAAGCAAAUCUUAGCAACUAAAAAUGAACAAAUCAAAGAUUUACGACAACGGCUUCGCAAGUAAGUCUUUACUUUUAUUUUCCUUGUACC